AUGUCACCACAAACUUACGUCAACUCACCCGAUAGCCAUGUCCGCGUCUCGAAUUAUCCAGACUCAGUGUCUGGGGUAACACGACUACAGAUCGUGACUCUGAAUCGCCCAGACAAGCUCAAUGCAAUCACGCUGGAUAUGAUACAGGACCUCAUCGCCUUGUUUGAAGCCUUUGACGUGGAUGAACGAGUCAAAGUUAUAGUCAUGACGGGGGCCGGGAGUACUUUCAGUGCUGGAAUUGACCUCACAAUUGACACGAGCCAGAUGAAGAAUUCCUCGCCACCCAGCGAAAUGCGUGACCCGGGGGGAUCUCUUGCACUGGCGAUGUUCAACUGUUGCAAGCCAGUCAUUGUGGCAUACAAUGGUCUUUCUGUCGGAAUUGGCAUGACAUCGACCUUGGCCGCCGGCAUCAGAAUUGCGCCUCGCAAGGCCAAGUUUGGAUUUCCAUUUUCACGCAUUGGCAUUACAAUGGAGUCGUGCAGUUCAUUUUUCCUUCCGCGCAUGGUUGGAUAUAGCAAUGCAACUCAUCUCCUCACCACAGGUGAGACAUAUCCUGCCGAAUCCCCGUUGCUUCACGGGAUUUUUGCAGAGCUUGUUUUGGAACCUGAGGAGGCUCUUCCACGCGCAAUUGAGCUGGCAGAGAAAAUUGCCUCUAGUGUCAGUUUGAUGGCAAUUCAUAUUAAUCGGCAGUUGAUAUGGAGGAAUCCUGGAACUAUUGAGAGGGCGCAUUUGGUUGAUAGCCCUUUGUUGUAUGAUACGUUUGGCGGACGGGAUCACCUCGAGUUCAAAAAGGCGUUUUUCGCCAAGAGGAGGCCAUUAUUCAACGACGUUCUUGCGAGAGAUGCACCACGGACCUAUCCUUGGUGGAACGAACUUUCUGUUCAGACAAAGGCAAAUAUGAAAGGAGCAAACAGCUCUGAGCCCAGCAAGCUGUAG